AUUACAAGUGUGAGAUGAUCCUCGGCACGUAGGUCAGCCUGUGUACAUGUGAGCUUGAAUAUUGCAUCUACUCAGUCGGAGAGACUCCGUCCAAGACUAUCGAAGGAGCGGGCCUUGGACUGUUUGCGGGGGCUAGGCGCUCCGCCGAAUCUCCACAAGACAACCCAUUCCCCUGCACCACCACCGAUUGAACACCAUUCAACAUGUCAGCCCCUUCAAAAUUUCAGACACUUGGUACGGUGGUCGUCGUUGGCGGAUGCGGGUUCUUGGGUAGCCACAUCGUGAGCUACAUCGUCAAGCGCCAUCCCCAGACGCAGAUCGCGGUCCUCGACCUACGCACCAAUUCGAACCGUAACGCGAGCAGCACUGUCUCCUACCACGAUGGCGAUAUUACCGACCUUGCGGCUAUGGAGAAGUUCUUUGCGCAAAUCAAGCCGGACGCCGUCAUCCACACAGCAUCUCCCCAUUUCAACCUACCGGCUGCGAUUCACGACAAGGUCAACAUAGAGGGUACCAAGAACCUGUUGAAGGCGUCGCAGGAUGCGGGGGUCAAGGCUUUUGUGUACACCAGCUCUGCUAGUGUCAUCUUCGGGGGAGUCACAGAACUUGUCAACGCGGACGAGAAGUGGCCAUUGGUGACUGGAGACGCCCAGCCAGAGUACUACACGACUACCAAGGCAUACGCCGAGACGGCCGUACUUGAAGCGAAUCGCAAGCCGGAGGGCUUUCUCACCUGCGCCAUUCGUCCCGCGGGAAUCUUUGGCGAGGGGGAUGUACAACUACUCCCUAAGAUGGUGCAGGCAUACAAGGACGGCAAGACCAAGUUCCAGGUUGGCGACAACGACAACCUCUUCGACUUUACAUACGUUGAGAACGUAGCUUACGGACACGUUCUUGGAGUCUUAGCUCUCCUCAGCACGCACAAGUUCCUGCCUACCGUGCCACUUGAUUCUGAGCGCGUCGACGGCGAGGCGUUCUUCAUCACGAAUGGCGAGCCAGUCUACUUCUGGGACUUUGCGCGCGCAGUAUGGCACGAGGCCGGCGAUCGUCUCCCCUUGAAGUCGGUAUGGCAUUUGGAUGCCGGCUUUGCCAGCACAAUUGGCUUCUUCUCCGAGUGGGCCAUGUGGCUGGUGGGCAAGACACCCAACCUGACAAGGGCGCAAGUCAGGUAUAGCACGCUAAAGAAGUACCACAGCAUCGCGAAGGCGAGAAGCAGGCUCGGAUAUUCGCCGCUUGUGACUUUGGACGAGGGCGUUAGGAGAGGUGUGAGAUAUAUUCUCGAGCAGGAUGAGAAGGCAGGUCAGAAGAAGGGUCAGUAGACAAAAUAGCACAUCGCAUCAUACAUAGUGUAAUUUAAUAUACCCUUUGAUCUGAAUAC